ACAUCUGAACGCUCGUUUCACUUUUGAAAGUGUUGGGUAACGUUAAACCGUUGUCGGUUUGUCUUCACCAUGAACACUAUUAACAUGUCUAAGGAUUAAUACAUAAAUCUGUGUUUGCUGUAUUCAUGUUGUAAUGAUUAAUAAAUGUUAUGCGUCAUUUAUUUGAUUCACUGCGUGACGGCGGGUUUCGUCUGCGUCUGCGGAAACUUGUAACGUUACUCGGAAUUCACCAGUAUGGGCGGAGAGCGCACGCGCGCGCGCGCGCGCAACAAAACAUUCAAAACUUUAAACGAACAUACUGUACAUAUAUACAGUUGCCCCUAAAAUAAUUUGAUUAAAAUAUUUCUAAUGCCAUUGCAUUAAAUGAAACGCGUAGACACAUUUUGAAUGACAUUUGCCUUAUAAUAAAAGUGUGACAGCAGAGUAACCACAGGUGUGGUUCAUCACAUGAACUAUAUCACGAACGUUUGACAGCUAUGAAGUGUCAUACUACGUCUUUGUAUUUUAUUUUAAUAAGUCUAUCUACUUUAGUUGUUCGACACUUGAUUAAUAGAAUAAACGCCACUUGUUUUGAUAUUUUGUUUAUGACAUUUUUGAGGUAUUAAAAUAGAUACUGACAUAGAUACAUACUCAGAUUUGUUGACAAAUGAGGACCUCCAACUGUUGCAGGUGCAAGAAUGGACCUGGCACAUCAUGGUCUUGUUCUUCUGAAGCGUCUAAAUGCUCAAAGGGAGUUUGGCUUCCUCUGUGACUGUACUGUGACCAUCGGAGACGUUCUUUUCAAAGCCCACAAAGCUGUUCUCGCGGCUUUUUCCAACUACUUUCGUAUGAUGUUCAUUCAUCAAGACGGGGACUGUGUUCGACUGAAGCCUUCAGAUGUACAACCAGACAUCUUUAGCUACCUGCUAAACCUGAUGUACACUGGAAAAUUUACCUCGCAGCCUAUUGACCCCGUUCGUCUGGAGCAGGGUGUGAAGUUCCUGCAUGCCUAUCCCUUACUACAGGAGGCCAGUCUUAUAAACCCCGAGUCCCAGUACGUACCUUUGACCAACUCGCUUUACGGCAUACAGAUUUCUGACCCAACUUGCAGUGCACAGAACAAAACUACAGCAUGCAGAGAUGACAACUGUGAAACUGUAGGCCAAGGAUGUUCAGACAUUUCUGAUAUGGAGUACAGAUCCCCACAACCCGUUGGCAUAGAGUCACCCACUCAGAACACCGCAGCUGCCGUGGUCCAACACCUCACAUAUGGAAUAAUGAGAAGAACAAUAUCCUCAAGAAAGCAUUACAGAUGCAAUCAUUGCGGUAUACGUUUUUCCCAGAGAUGCAAGUUAAGGGAACACCUGCUUGUCCACACCAACCAACCGAGAGAAUCACAGACAUUCUCAAUACACAACGACUACGGGGUUGAAGCAGACGGUCAGGAAAUGGAAGAGGAGCAUUUGCACGCUGACAGUGAUUUAUUAAGUGAUACAGAUCAACACACGUGGAUGGAGGAUACGCCUCCGCCCUCUGAUAUAGCUGAUAUAGACACCAUGGAGGGGACCGACAUGGAACGUGAAAUGAAGCGCCGUAAAUUUGAGUGUCCCACCUGUGCCCGCAAGUUUAUUCAGAGGAGCCACUGGCGUGAACACAUGUAUAUUCACACAGGGAAGCCGUACAAGUGUAGCACAUGUGGGAAGAACUUCUGCAGAGCGAAUCAAGCGUCCCGACAUGUUUGUUUGAGUCAGGGCACAGAUCCGUACAUUAUUGUCAACAAGCAAAGUCUGGUUCUCUGUGGUGGAGAAGACAACAGUCAGGUAGAAGCUCUGUUCCUGGCAUCAGAAAGACGGUACAAAUGUAGCAUUUGUGCGGUACCUUUUGCAAGCCCAUCUGAGGUUCCAAAACAUCAGUGUUUGGUUAAAGAUGAGACGGAGCCAUUGGUAGACAAUCCACUUGUAGUGAAUGAGGCUUUAGAAACAAAUCAAGUAACAGCCCCUUCCCAAGAUAUCAUGCUAAAGCAGCAGUAGCCUGUUUAAGUGUUAUCGUAUAGCCAUAUUAUAUUUGUUUCUUUUCCAGCGGUCAUGGUCUGUAUUGCCAUAAAGUCAACUACGUUUUUCAUUUUAAAUUUAAGGCCGUAUGUGUGUUCGUUUGAGGUCAAAUA